ACGUCAAUUCUCCACUUAUAUAUACAUACACACACUCAUUCAGACUUCUACACCAUCAAGAAAAUAAAAGAAAUCUCAUCACAGAUAUUUGAAAUCUCUCAAAGCACUUUCCCACAUUUUCCCUCACUUUCUCGAGAAAAAAGAAAUGGCUAGAUCAUCAAAACUCUUUGUUCCUAGCUUUCUCAUCAUCCUCUCAAUCCUGACCGUCCAAACCACUGCAUUGGUCCCGUACACGCGGUCGCUGUGGGACAUGAUGAACAGCAUCAACCUUCCGUACGACGACCCCUUCCGAAUCCUCGAACAGACGCCGCUGACGAUGCCGAAAGGCUCGGACACCUCGGGACUGGCGCUGGCACGUGCGGACUGGAAGGAGACCCCGGCGGCGCACGUGAUCGAGCUCGACGUCCCUGGGAUGAAGAAGGAGGACGUGAAGAUCGAGGUGGAGGAUAACCGGGUGGUGCGGAUCAGCGGCGAGAGGAAGGAGGCCGCGGAGGAGGCCGAGGGCGAGAAGUGGCACCGGGCCGAGAGGAUCAACGGCAAGUUCUGGAGGCAGUUCAGGUUGCCUAGGAACGCAGAUCUGGACCAAAUUAAGGCUCAUCUGGAGAACGGGGUUCUGAGGAUUACAGUGCCCAAGUUUGCGGAGGAGAAGAGGAGGCAGCCCAAGGUUGUCGACAUCAAACAAGAGAACGCUUUCGGUGAGGAUAUUGAGGCUAACAAAGCUGAUCUGUGAGAACGAUAUGUUUCCUAAUGUUGUAUUUUCCAUGGAAUGAUGAGAGAUAUAACCAAGGAUAAGAGCAAUAUAUGGUUUUAUGUGUGUAAUGUAAGAGAAACAAAAGGGACAAAAUAACGACUUAAAAGUGAUCCAAUUGUCAUUGUGUUGUUAUCUUAUUGCCCAUCUUUGUGUGUUCCGACUAUCUUUGUUACUUUAUAUGUACAUGGAGUUGUAUUUAUA